GUAUAUAAACGUCUAUAUCGGAGAAGAUCGUCCUUCCAUCUGCACCUCGCUUCAUUUCUCUCAGGGCCCCUCUGUCCAAUCAAAACCAUCCACCGACCGCCAAUGGAUCCGCCCAGAUUCCUCAUCCAAGCAUCGGAGGCCGCAUCCAUGGCGGAGUCUGCCGCCAUCCCUCUCCCCCACUUCCUCCUCUCCCUCGUCUCCUCCUCUCAGUCCCUCGCUCGUCCCCCCAUUUCCAACUUCCCCGUCGCUGCCGUCGGUCUCGGCCCCUCCGGCCGCAUCUUCGUGGGCGUCAACCUCGAGUUCCCGGGUCUCCCCCUCCACCACUCCGUUCAUGCCGAGCAGUUCCUCCUUACCAACCUCUCCCUCAAUGCCGAGCCCCGUCUCGACUACUUCGUCGUUUCUGCUGCCCCUUGCGGCCAUUGCCGCCAAUUCCUCCAAGAAAUUCGCGAUGCCCCAAAUAUCAAACUCCUUAUCGCCUCCGAUGAAACCCGAGAUUUUACCCCUUUAACAAAAUUUCUCUCCCACAGAUUUGGACCCCAUGACCUUCUCCCCGAGGAAGUUCCUCUGCUCUUGGAACCGCGCCACAACGGGUUAUCCAUGUCGGAGGAAACCACCCACGACCUCGCGAACGGUUACAUCGCGAACGAGGAAUUGAAGGUUGCGGCGUUAGAAGCUGCAAACAAGUCCCACGCACCGUACAGUGGGUGUCCCUCAGGGGUGGCUCUGAUGGACGGCCGCGGCAAGAUAUACAAAGGGUCUUACAUGGAAUCGGCGGCUUUUAACCCAAGCAUGGGGCCCGUCCAGGCGGCUUUGGUGGCGUUCGUAGCUGGCGGAGGAGGUAAAUACGACGAAAUCGUGGCAGCGGUGCUUGUUGAGAAGGAGGGAGCGACGGUGAAACAGGAGGGAACGGGAAGGUUGCUGAUUGAGUCAAUCACGCCGAAGUGCCAAUUCAAGGCACUGCUUUGCCGGAACGCUGCUUAACACUCAACAGUCAACACUCACUGCAUUUUGUAUUAAUCCACCUUUUACUUGAUAAAAAAUAAUAUUAUUUAAUUGUUCUAUA